AGCAGGUGCAGCGGGAACGCAGCUUCUGUCAUCGAUCUCGCCGCGGCUGCAGCGAGCAUGGCGCGGCCCGCACGCCGCACACGCCGGAUCGCGUCCGCGUGUGGACGCGUGGCGAUCAGCGGCGACCGGAUGACGAUGUUACGUUAAUUAGUUAAUUAACUAAUUAGUUACGAUCGUCGGUGGUGGCCGCUCAUCGAUCUGCUGACGAUCGUUCUCGACGGCGAUGCCAACGACGAGGACGAGAGCGACAAUGACGACGACGACGAGGAGGAGGUCGACGUCAACGGAACCGCGAACGCUGGAUUCUCCCGACGGUACGCGGGAGGCCGAUCGAACGCUUCCCGACGCAUCUCGCGGCAGUUAUACGGCUUUCUCGGCGUAAACUUCCGACGACCUCGCAGCAAGGGCAAAGGCGCGAAGGGGUCGCGAGUUUUCACGCUCACACUCCGCGCCUUCGCGAACGAAGAGAGGAGAUAGAGAAGAGAGAGAGAGAGAGAGAGAGAGAGCGCGACGCCGGUGCAUUGCGCGGUCGCGGUGCGUUGUCCGCGGGCCGCGCGGGCGGUGUUUACAUUUGCGAGAGCCGCGAGACUUGGACCCGCGAAAUCGAGAUAUCGAUCGGACUUUCGCGGGGAGAGCGCGAUUCAACGAAGAUCGCAAGUCUGCUUUACUUCACCGCGAGCUCGGUGUGUCUUCGCUUACGAAGACACACGGACGUGAAAAGGUCGCCCAAUCGUCGGCGAAGAGUGACGAAGAUUCGCCGGUGUUUACAAUCUUGCGAGGAUGCACGUCCACGAAAUCGCGAAAUUUUAGAUACGGAAAGUAGAUGGAAGAAAGAUACGCGUACGUUCUAAAUCAAUAGGAGGGGGAAAAAAAAGAAAUCUUCGUGGUCGAAGAUCCGAGAAUUUUCGACGAUUAGCGUGCUAACAUGAAAAGUAUCGAUAACAAUUUUCGAGAACAUCGAGGGAAGACAAGCGAUUUGACAGACGGAGUGCGUGCUCGCGUUUACUUCGAUCGAAGCAUCGAGAAGUUCGAUCUGUGUCACGUGACGUACUAUAACCGAGAUAGAUCGGAGUCCCGCGCGAUGUCCGCGCGCAACGGAAGAGACGUAUCUUAAGCGUACGUGCCGCUAGCAGGGUCUAGAUCUAGAUCGAUACGCGAGAUCUCGGACAGAGCAGCGUCGCGCAAAAUCGCAGAGAUGGACUGCUGCAAUUACAUCGAGGCUUACGCGGCAGGUGGUCAUUUUUAUCAGCAGCAGCAGCAGCAGUACUUUUGUUACGACAACGGUAGCGUAGCGUACACCGGCUACGACGCAGCGCCGAUCUCUAAUGCGAUCGACAUUAGUGCUCGAUACAAUGGAACGAUACCACCUACGUAUCCGACAGAUUACGUGUAUAAUCCGAAGGAGGCGAGGCUGCGGAAGGCCAUGCGCGAGCAGACUCGCGAGCUGUCACGGCGGUCGAUCUUGCAAAACGCGAUCGCGACCGCAAACGCGCGCACGGCCGCGAUUGGCGGCGUCAGCUCGGCCGUUUCCGCGUCUAUGGCCGGCGGCUUCUUGAAUCAGCAUCACCGUUUCGAUUGCACGCCGAUGCCCAUGGGUCCAAGCGUGAGCCCUCAUCAGACGGCCGAGCCCUGGUUCCAGGCCGCGCAUCGCUUGAAACCCGCGCACUCACCGCGAAUUGGCGAUUGGUACGGAAAUGUAUGCGGCGACCCGAUCGAGAGGCUGCAGGCGAUGGGAGCGAUGCAUCAGCACCAACAGCAGCAACGCGACCUUGAAAAGCCCAUCAAAGACCAAAGGAGCCAAGCAGCGGAGUGUGCCGCUACGUCGUUCUCUAACGGUUACUCACCGGACAUCGCGGCCGCGGAGAGAGAGAUCCGUCGCCAAGAACCCACGGAAUACGCAGACUUCGUCGACCAGAAAUGGCACCCUUAUCAGAACAGCGCGAGUCCUCAUCCACUUCCGAGAACGCCUCAUCCAUCAGCGCAAAUGGGUGGUGUUCUUCACCCAAGUGUCCAGAAUACAAACGCGCAUGGACACGGUCCAUGGGGCCAAUUUUGUCACGGUAUGCUACCACACGUUCCAAGUGUAGCUCGCAACGCGGCGAUUCGGGGCCCGCGGCAUGCAGUUUUCCUGCGGGACCGCACUCCAACUAGGCACUGUGCAUUUUUGGAGGACGCGCCGCAGAUGAAUUAUGCGCCGAGCAAGUUGAGCAUUGAUAGCAUUCGCGCCUCUUAUCCGCCACCGGAGCAUCAGAUGCCAAGGUUGCUGGGAUCAGCGGUGGAUUCCGUCAUAGACUCGACGACGACGACGACGACGACGACGACGACGAUGAAUCGACGCGAGGAAGACGGCGGGACCAGAUGGAAGCCAAACAGCACUGGGAUGUCCCUCGAACUAGUGCCAACCUCCACGCCGCAGGAAGGCACGGUUUCUCGCGAGAAGGAGCGCGAGUCCCGGCACUCGAGCGAGCGAUUCGAGCUGAAGAAGAAGCCCGUCUCGAAGCAGCCGCUUCCGGGUUUCCAUCAGGCCUUUGGCUCCACGGAGAUCGGCAGGUUCUCCAGGUCCGAGUUCUUCGUAAAUAUGGUGGGCGAGAACAGCAGCGGCGGCAGCAUUACUGCGGACGAUGGCGACGGCGCCGAUGGCGGCGACGACGGCGACGUAAGUAGGGAACAUUCCCUGUCGGAAACGAUAGAGAACACCGCCACGGCGACGGCUGUGGCGACCGCUGCCGCGACGGCCGCGACCGCAGCCACAGCGGCGACCGCUGCCGCAGCGGCGACCGUCGCCGUCACCACGACCGGCGCGUGCAGAAUUUUCGACGCUUCCGAGGACAACCAGACCACAUUCGCCGCCGCCGUGACGACGACGCCGUCGGCGCGCCGUCGUCGAUCGGCAGCGCGUACUGCGGAGAAUCAGCGGCGCCGCGCUGGCACAGUCCACACGUAGGUGUUAUAGGUAGCGAAAUUUAAACGUGAUCGGCCGCGGUAUCUGCGUACUGUCUUCACGACAUUUGUCGAUAUUUUUUGCUAUCGAGAAAUCAAGGGACAACGUUUGGGGAGCAAGAAUUCACAGAAUUUUAUAUUUUUAGAUUAAUUAGUAGGUUGAGGAAUGAAAUUUAUUACUUCGCGAUUUCGAACGAUGAUUUUUUCAGCAAUUAUGGUACUAACAAGUAUCGUUGAUACGGUACAGAAUACCGCUGCAGAUCGAUUUCAGUAGGACCUUGUCCUCGUCCUUUUUAGGCUAAAACGGUCUUCGUAGCUUUCCGACGCGCGACAGUUUGCGAUGAGGUUGACUGGCGAUGUAUUUCCAAUAGAAACAAGUUACAAGCGUAACAUUGGUAGUUUCGAUGUGUAGUGAAUUUUGGUAACGAAAGAACUGUCUACUCUAUACUUUAUGUUUUGCGCAUGCCAAUAGAGAGACUUAUCCAGAAAUUGGAACCGUUAUAAUUUCUCUGUGUCUGAAUUUAAUCGCCGAUGUGAUUUCCAUGUUUAUUCGUGACAAUGAGAUUCGCGCGCGAUGGCGUAAAACGCCAAUCUUUGAGAUCUUUAAACGGAAUUGAGCUCGAAAUCGCGUCGGUUUCAACCCCUGGAUUUGUCUCCAUGAUGAAAACCUCUGUCGGAACCUGCAGCGCCGCUUGGAAAGUAAAAGCGGGACACGCGUGUCAUGCGUAGCGAAUGCAAGUGCAUCGAUUGGCGAAAGCUGUCGGGGAUCGAUGUUGGCGUACGAAACGUCCCGACAAACUGCGAACGUUCGUCGAGAUUGUGCCUUCCAGAGGAUCGGGGACGCGUCGGGGAGUUCUCGUCGAGUUCUCUCGCCUUAUCGAAAAUCAAAGCAGCACGAUACACCGCGUCUCGUAUGCCAAAAGGAAGAUAUAAUCAAAAGAAAUAACGCC